AUGAAGAUCCCUCUUCUGCAGCAGGUGUAUAAGGAUGUACUGGUAGGCAUUCCACUGGCACGGGAAAGCCAUCAUUACACCUCCUUACUUGAUCUGUGUGUUGAGCAGCCACCAGAAAGAGGUGAAUCAUGUAAUUGGAUGCAUCUGCCUUCUAGUAAUGGUGGUAUUGGGAGCCAUCAGGACACCGAUACAUCAGGUGUGGUUGUCCCUACAACAGACAAUAUAUCAAACAGCUUUGCAAACAUGAACUCAUUCUGUCGGCGAGAAGUGAUGCUGCUUCAGUUAACCUUGUUCAAGACAAUGGUUGCUAGAGCAGAGUCCCAGGAAACUGAAUUCAGUGUGAGACAGAAGUACUGUGAAAUCUUAGUCCUUCUUCUGAAGGGGACAAGAAUUGACUCUAAAUUGGUUUGUCUGCUAGGUAGUCAUGAUCAACUGUUGUCUCACGUGGCUUCAAAAUGUUUAGCAUCUCUUGUGUUUUUCCAGCUGAAGAAAGAGAACACAAUAAAUGUCACCUGGCUCACCUUCAGCUUGCAGACUCUGUCAGGGUUCCCUAUGAAUACCCAGGUAGCAGAAUGUCUGUGGAUUCUUGCAGCUGUUACCAACAGUGUGCUGAAAGACGAGGUUUUACUCAAAGCAGGUGUUCUGAAGAAGUUGUUGGCUCCUCUUGAUGCUGUGCUUGAAGGAUUUUAUAACUCCAUUCUCUUCCAUCAUUUUGACAGUAACCAAUAUACUUCUCCUUAUUCUGAAGCUGCAAACAGUUUGUUCAGUUUUAUAGAUCUGCUUGAAGCACUUUUGGCUUCCAGAAAUGAAUUAGAGCUGCUCAGAUGCCAGAGAGUAUUGUUUUUGAAAGUUUCUCAUGUCCUGAACCUCAUUAGCUCAUCAAUUCACUAUUUAAUCAAGAAGAAGUUCAUUAUGCUUCUUAAAAAAUGUGUCCUUUACAAGUCUAGAGAGGAUUCUUCAAGUGGAUCAUUGUUCUCACAAACUCCAUCACUAGAUGAAGAUAUGUUUGCUCUGAGUAAUGCUGUUCUGCAGGUUGUGGAUUUGACUUGGCUUAAUGGGGUCCCACUGAGGGAAAAGGCCAGCUACUUUGGAAGCAGUGAUCCUGCUCCUGGAGAUGAUCCUCAGGGUGGUUCUGACCAAACUGUUCUCAGAGCCCUAAGUUUGGUUGUGCUUAAAGCACUGGAAUUCAAGUUUCAGAACUCUGCUACAGAAGCUGAAGUCAAAGGAGACUUUCAGAGUUCCAUGUCCCAGCUGUUGGUGUUCUGGAGGAGUCACUUGAAGGCUUCCCCGCAGUCUCACCCAGUUGUACACCAGUGCGAAUGGCUCUCCUUGAUUUUCAUAGAGCAAGAUGAUGAUAUGUGGGAAGCUGCUAAAGCUUUAUUACUCAUUUAUUUAAAAUUUGAUAGGUUACUGCGUGAUGCUGCUGAGAGCUUAAGCCAAAAAGAGGAGGGAACCUGGAACUUCCUUACCCAUGCAAGUGGAUUUAAUCCUCACUGCAUCUUCUUGUUUUUUCUAGAAAAAAUUGCAUUUGAUUCCACAGUCCUUCUAGAUUUUUUGAUUUCAUCAGAGACUUGCUUUCUGGAGUACGUGGUGAGGUACUUAAAACUUCUUAAAGAAGACUGGCAUCAGUUUGUGGAGGCCUGCAGCCAUUUUGAUACCAAGCACCGCACUUUCCAAUCAGUUUCCUCUUCUGUCGAGACACCUCGAGGAGAAAAGCAAAGCUGUGUGAAUGAUGAGAGCUUGCAAAAUGCUUGUGAACCAGAACCACAAACUCUGAGAUCUUUGGCUGCUUCUCAAAGUUGCUUAGUGUUUACAACAGAGCAAGGUGAUAAUGAAGUUGCUGAGUCUAACCAGUCUAACUCAUUGAUAUACAGUGAUAGUACAUCUCUGCUGGGUUCUCUUCAAAGCCUUGUUAAUUAUGACAGCUCAGAAGAUUCAGAAUUAGAAUCAGAUGGGAAAGAGUGUUUGGUAAACACAAAGCAGGUGCCUUCAAAUAAUAGGGACAAGACGGGGGAAACUGGUUGCAACUACACGGAUGAUAAACAGAAUACACUCAGGUCUGAAGUGUUGCCUUUGAAACCAAAGGAAUCUAAUACCUCAUCUUGUUGGACUGGUAUGGUGUCUUCAGAUAACAUCAUUCCCCCGAGAAUAAUGCUUUACCAAUCAACAAAAUGUCUGGAAGAACUGCAAAAAGCUAUUUCUAGGUUGCAGAGAAGAAAUCUUUUCCCAUAUAAUCCAUCUGCAUUGUUAAAACUAUUGAGCCAUGUUGAGAAGCUCAGCAAGAAUGUGAAUCCAUAACAAGCCAAAGAAGUGUU